AUGGUAGGAAUAUUUCACCCAGAUGUGAGUUUUACUAUGGUGCGUAAUAUCGCGAAUGUAGUGCUGAAAGCUUUACAGAAGAUUGCCUUUAUAAAGAAAAGUUUGCGUUAUGCGAAGACAACAAGCGUCCUAAUCCAUUUAGUAGGAAAUAAAAAUAACAGCUCAUUCUUUUUUAAUCUUGCUGCACUAUUUUUAGGUAAUAAACAUUGUCAAUUUCCCAAAAAAAUAAUAACGUUCUUACCACAGUCGCUAUCUUUGUGCUGUCGAUUUUUCAUAAAUUUCAAAGUCAGUUUUGCAUUUAUAUAUGACGAACCUAGUCCUUCAUUUAAUCCACGUAGAUUGCUAAAACAAAGUUUGACUGUGAAACUAUUUCCUGUCAGCAUCAAAGAGAAGUCAGAGCAGUUAGAUACUAAAAUACCAAACCAAGUACUGAGUCAUAAUUUUUACAAACCGAUACUUAUUAGAGUUCUUGCCAACCCAAUUGAACACUCCAUCGAUCUUCUCACAACAAUCAUAGAAUUUGGAGUGUUUUUAAUGUUUGAAAGUGCCUAUGAUUCUUUUUGUCAACCACAACUUGCAAUAGUUAAUCGAGAAUGA